GGAGCUGUGCGCGCGCCGGCCGCGUUGGGCUCCGUGCUCCGGGGAAAGCGGUCCGGGCCCGCUGCUGACGCCGCUGCCGCGGCCGGGCGAAGGUUCCGGGCGGACCCCGCCGGCUCAGUUCCUCACUCCUCGAGCUGCAUGCUGCCUUCCACGGCCCUGCCCUGAGGAUGGACCCGGGAGACCCUGCUGCCGGAGACCCCGCUGCUGGAGACCCCGCUGCUGGAGGCCCAGCUGGUGACCUCACUGGUGACCCUGCUGUUGGCCAGGACCCACUUCUGUUCCUGCAGGCCCUGCAGCCGCUGUGGUCUACGUGGGAGCUGCAGCAGCUCCGGGAGGAAGCCUGGCGGCGGUUUGCUGCCCUGGACGACCCGCGCGCUGGACUCCUGGACAUGCUGGAGGGCAGCCGGGGCUGGCAGGGGAAGGGCCCCUCCCUAGAGGCCUGGGUCACCUGUGAGCUGCAGCGCUGGCUGCAGGCACAGCCACACCAGGGGCCGGCCCAGUGCAGCCCGGGGCUGAAGCAGCUGCAGGCCCGUGCAGUUAGGGUCCUCGCCGAGAGCCCCCCAAGUCUCGUGGGGCCGCUGGUCAGUAUCUUCCAGCUGCAGGAUGCAGACCGAAGCCCCCUGCUGGCUCGUGUCCACCAGCUCCACCAGGAGGGCAAGUUCAAAGAAGCUGCCAUGCUGAGCACAAAGCUGAAGCUGCAGCCAGAACUAGAUGUUGAAAAGAUGGGCACCCCACUGCUCCUCCAGGACAAGGCGCACCUCAUGGAGCACUACGUGGAUGGCUUCCCGGAUCUCCAGAGGAGGCUGCUGGCCCUCAUGGACUCCUGGUGCCAGCCCGGCUUUGACAUCAGAGUCGUUGCCAGACAGCACCCGAAGGUGACCUCCUUGAAGCUGGAGAAGCUGAGCCCCAAAGUGCUGAGUCGGCAGGUCCUGCGCCUGCGGGAGCGGUUUGGCCUGGACCCGGCCCUGUGUCCCAACGUUGUCGCCCAGCAGCGCCUGUCCGCCCUGCGGUACCUGUGCUACAAGCGGUUUGUGGAGGGAAACAUGUCUCAGGAGAACUGGGCCGACCACGUGCAGGAUCUAGUGGGGCAGAGCGAGUGGCUGCAGGAGCAGCUGCUGAAGCUGCUGACCUCUCACAGUGAUGCGGCCACAGCUGCCCGGUGCGCCCUGGACCUCUCGCUGCCCAAGGCACGGCUGCCGGCCACAGUGGCCGCAGAACUCAGCCGACUCAGGCUCCAGGGGAGGACGGCCGAGGCGCCUUCCGAGGACAGGAGGGACGAUUACUACCAGCUGCCCAUCGCCAGGGAGAACGUCCACUUCCUGGCCUCGUGGGAGGACCUGGCCAGGCACAAGGAGGAGCUGCUGCAGCCAGGCCUGGUCGGCGUGGACCUGGAGUGGAGGCCCUCUUUUGGCAUGGGGGGCCGGCCCCAGGCGUCCCUCAUGCAAGUGGCCAUGGAGGGCCGCGUGUUCCUACUGGACCUGUUGGUGCUCUCGCAGCCGGCAGGAGGGCAGGCGUCCCAGGCCUUCUCCCAGCUGGUGUUCCAGCUGCUCUCAGACCCCUCUAUCACCAAGCUGGGUUAUGGGAUGGCAGGGGACCUGCGGAGCCUGGGAGCCUCCUGCCCUGCCCUGGCCCACACGGAGAAGCAUCUUCGGGGCAGCCUGGACCUGCAGCAGGUGCACAGGCAGAUGCGGGUGGUAGACGUGCCAGCCCCAGGCGUGGAUGGGACCAAGGGGCUGAGGGGCCUCAGCCUCCUGGUGCAGCAGGUGCUGGGCAAGCCCCUGGACAAGAGGCAGCAGCUCUCCAACUGGGACCGGCGGCCGCUGAGUGAGGCGCAGCUGGCCUAUGCAGCUGCCGAUGCCUACUGCCUGUUGGAGGUGUACUGGACACUGUGCAGAGAGCCCUCCCGCUUCCACCUGUCCGGGGACCUGGCCAGGAGCCCGAGGCCACGGCACAGCAAGCAAUCAGGGGCUCGGGAGCCGCCUGGCCCGCAGGAGGCCUCAGCCCCGCCCCAGCAGGUGCCUGUGGCUGAGGGCGAGGAUGCUGCCGCCAAGAUCCAGGCCAGGGCCUUCCGCGUGGUGUGUGACAGCAUGCUGCAGGGGCUAGCACGUAGCCUCCGCUGUCUGGGUGUGGAUGUGCUCGUACUGGGCACCGGCGAGGACCACCGCAGGGCGGCCGAGGUCGCCAGGCAGGAUGGAAGGAUCAUCCUGACAUCGGGGCUGCCGUACCACAAGCUCCGGGCCCAGGUCAGGGCUGGGCACUGCCUCUCGGUGGACUGCUCCCUCAAGGCCCGGCAGCAGGCGAAGGCUGUUCUCAGGCAUUUCAACGUGCGCGUCACACACGCCGAUAUCUUCAGUCGUUGCCAGGCCUGUAACUGUGACCAGUACCUGAAGGUCUCCAAGGACAUGAUGAAGCAGCUCAUGGGGCUCAUUGGCCACCAGGAGGGCCCCAGCAGCACAGGUGACGAGGCCACCCAGAGCAAGGACGCCCAGGAGCCGGGCUCCACCCCAGCGGAGGCCCCUGGGGACAGCACCUAUGACCCCCCUUGCCGCUGGCUGGAGGCAUCGGACCUGCGGGCCAGCGCGCCAGCCACACUGGGAAACGGUGCCCAGCUGCAGCUGGCCGGGGUCCCGGCAGGCGUGCUGCGGCGCCCGGGGCUGCAGCACUUCUACUGCUGCGCUGGCUGCGGCAAGGUCUUCUGGGAGGGCUCCCACCUGGGCCGCGUCGCUGCGAACUUCCGCGAGGUCCUGGACAGUGCCCCCGGCUCCUGCGCGCCCAGCCCGCAGCCCCUCAUGAGGACUGGGCCCCAGGCCCCUGGGGGCGGGCCGGGCAGCCGACAAUAAAGUGUGAAGGUG